AUGAUAAUGUUGUUCUCUACUCUCUUCCACACUAAACUCAGCCGAUGCUUCUCUUCUUCUUCAUCUUCGUCGUCUUCUUCUUCUUAUCGUAACAGUUUUCCAGAACUCCCACCUAUUCAAACUUUACUCAAAAGCGGCUUCACUCCCACACUCAAAUCCAUCAUCCAAUUCCUUCUCUUCCUUUCUCAAACCCGCAGGUUCAACACAGUCAUCCAUUUCUUCUCUCAAAUGGACUCCAACCGAAUCAAAGGCAACUCCCAGACUCGCUCAAUUCUCACAUGGGCUCUCCUAAAAUUGCACAAAUAUGAAGAGGCGGAGCAUUUCAUGACGACCCAGAUGGCCGAAACUUCAAAAUUUCAGAGUAAUCGCAUUUGGGACUCUCUAAUUCAAGGCCUAUGUAUAAACCGGAAAGACCCGGAGAAAGCUUUAUUGGUAUUACGGGAUUGCUUGAUCAACUACGGUAUUUUUCCUUCUUCUUUCACCUUUUUCUCAUUAAUUAAUAGAUUUAGCUAUCAAGGAGAUAUGAGCAAGGCAAUUGAGGUCCUGGAGUUGAUGACUGAUGAUAAAGUGAGGUACCCCUUUGAUAAUUUUGUUUGUAGUUCAGUAAUUUCUGGGUUUUGUAAGAUUGGGAAGCCAGAAAUUGCGGUUAAAUUUUUCGAGAAUGCUGUAAAUUUGGGAGCUUUACAGCCUAAUAUUGUGACUUAUACAGCACUUGUGGGUGCUCUUUGUAAACUGGGAAGAGUUAAUGAAGUUUGUGAUUUGGUUUGUAGGAUAGAGAAGGAAGAAUUGGCAUUUGAUGUUGUUUUCUAUAGUAGUUGGAUUUGUGGUUAUAUUUCAGAAGGUGCUCUAAUGGAGGUAUUUCAGAAGAAUAGACAGAUGGUGGAUAAAGGCAUAAGAUCAGAUACAAUUAGCUAUACUAUAAUGAUAGAUGGGUUUUCCAAGCUAGGAGAUGUAGAAAAGGCACUUGGUUUUCUGAUAAAGAUGAGGAAAGGUGGAUUAGAACCCAAUUUGAUUACGUAUACUGCCAUCAUGUUGGGAUUUUGCAAGAAAGGAAAAUUGGAGGAGGCAUUUGCUAUUUUCAAGAUGGUUGAAGAUUUGGGAAUUGAAGUUGAUGAAUUUAUGUAUGCAACUUUAAUUAACGGGUCUUGCAUGAGAGGGGAUCUUGAUGGUGUUUUUCAUCUCCUACAUAACAUGGAAAAGAGGGGGAUUAAUCCGAGCAUUGUCACAUACAAUACUGUAAUUAAUGGAUUAUGCAAAUUCGGGAGGACAUCGGAGGCUGAUAAGAUCUCAAAGGGAAUUCUUGGAGAUACAAUUACAUAUAGUACAUUGCUACAUGGCUAUAUUGAGGAAGAAAAUAUCACAGGGAUUAUGGAAACAAAGAGGAGAUUGGAGGAAGCUGGAGUCUGCAUGGAUGUUGUUAUGUGUAACAUAGUUAUUAAAUCACUGUUCAUGGUGGGGGCAUUUGAGGAUGCUUAUAUGCUGUACAGGGGAAUGCCAGAAAAGGAGUUGGUUGCGGAUUCCAUUACAUAUUGUACAAUGAUUGAUGGGUACUGUAAAGUAGGUAGAAUGGAUGAGGCACUGGAGAUAUUUGACGAGUUCAGAAGGACACCAGUUUCCUCAGUUGCAUGUUAUAAUUGUAUUAUCAGUUGGCUCUGUAAGCAGGGAAUGGUAGAUAUGGCCACCGAGGUAUUUAUUGAACUCAAUGGGAAAGAUUUAGGUUUGGAUUUAGGUAUCUACAAAAUUCUGUUGAAGGCAAUUCUUGAAGAAAAAAGUGCAGCUGGAGUUUUAUGUUUGGUUCAAAGAACAGAGAAUUUGAGGACAGAAGUGUAUGAUGUUAUAAGCAAUGAUGCUAUCAGUUUCUUGUGCAAGAGAGGUUUUCCUGAGUCUGCAUGUGAAGUGUUUUUGGCGAUGAGGAGGAAAGGGUCAGUUGCCACAAGCAAAACUUCAUAGAAAGAAUAUGGCCUAGUUGAACCUAAGGUAAGUAAGAUUCUAGCUUACUACAUAUGUCUGAAGGGUGUCGAUGAUGCUCUCCGGUUUCUAAACAAAAUGAAGGACAAGCCUGCAACGGCCACUUUGCCUGUUUCUCUUUUUAAGACACUUAUAAAGAAUGGUAGAGUUUUGGAUGCAUAUAAACUUGUCAUGGUGGCUGAAGAUGGCUUACCUGUUCUGGAUGCGCUUGACUAUUCGCUUAUGGUUGAUGGCCUUUGUAAAGUAGGAUAUAUCAGUGAGGCAUUAGAUCUAUGUUGUUUUGCUAAAAAUAAAGGGGUUACCCUUAAUAUCAUCUGCUAUAAUUCAGUUUUAAACGGAUUGUGCCGCCAAGGCCACCUUGUAGAAGCGUUUCGGCUAUUUGAUUCGUUGGAGAAAAUUAAUUUGGUUCCCUCAGAAAUCACAUAUGCUACAUUGAUUGAUGCUUUACGUAGAGAGGGCUUUCUUCUGGAUGCCAAGCAGUUAUUUGAGAGGAUGGUCCUCAAAGGCUUGAAACCAAAUACACAUAUAUAUAACUCAAUUAUUGAUGGUUAUUGCAAAACUGGACAUAUGGAGGAUGCGUUGAAGCUUCUUUAUGAAUUUGACUUAAAAACCCUCAGGCCUGAUGAAUUCACUGUUAGUAUUAUAAUCAAUGGGUUUUGUCUAAAGGGUGAUAUGGAAGGUGCUCUUGAAUUCUUUAUUGAGCUCAAGAGUAAAGGUACAUCACCUGAUUUUUUGGGUUUCUUAUAUUUGAUAAGAGGUUUAUGUGCCAAGGGAAGGAUGGAAGAAGCCAGAACCAUCUUGAGGGAAAUGCUUCAGUCACAAUCUGUUGUGGAGCUAAUAAAUAGAGUUGAUGUGGAGGUUGAAACAGACUCACUGGAAGGUUUGCUCGUUUCAUUAUGUGAGCAAGGCAGUGUCCAAGAAUCACUUACUCUCCUCAACGAAAUUGGGUCCAUAUUUUUUCCUGUUCGGAGUUCACCUAAUGCCUGCAAUCAAUCUCAUAAACUACACAAUCCUUAUGACAGGGAGGCUUAUGGUACAGUUGCUUCAACAUCUGUAACCUCUACUGAUGCGGAUAUGGAUAUCCAAUUUUCUGGUAUGAGGGAUGUAAAGAAUGUGGCAGAAAAUUACGAUGAUAAAGGGAGAAGGUCUAAAUUGGAUGACUUUGACUAUUGCUAUAAGCAAAUUGCUACACUCUGUUCAAGAGGGGAAAUACGAGAAGCUAGUCAAUUAGCAAAGGAAAUAGUUUCCAAUUUUGGCAGGGCCAAUUAGUAGAACUCAGAACGCUGGCCACCUAAGUGAUGUAGGUGCUUUCUUCCCUGUCAAUGAGGGACCAGGCAAGGCAUCAUGCAUGCAGAUGCAGAACACUGUCAAACACAAAGAGUUCAGCUGGUGGAAGUUGAAGCAUGAAAAUUGGAAGCAAUGCUAAUGGUGGUUUUACGCCAUUUAAAUUUUUUCAUUUUUCUGGCGUAACGAAGAUGAAAAGCUACAGAAGCCUGCUGCACAGUGUGGCUUCCAACCAUGAUAUCGCAGCUGUUGAAGGAUAUAUUGGAAAAACUGGAUGGAUGUUUGUGCCUCAGUAUUGUCAGACUGGACAUAAUUUGGGGCUUUUGCAAGUAAAAUGCAUUCCCGAAAGAAGAAGAAAAAAAAUGUUGUGUGGAUGACAUCUUGAACAAAACAAGUACUGCACCAUGUGUCUAAGCAAAGAAGUGUGAAAGACCAUGAAGUCCACAUUGUUUAAAGAUCUACUUGGCAUCACUUGCUCGACAAAAGCUCGCAAAAUCAAACACAUCUCUCGGACGAGGAACUUAGUGCAACCCGGUGACACUAGUUGGAUUUAGUAUUCUCCGAACUUUGAAAUCCCGUGUUACUUAACAACUGAUGUCUAGUGAAACCUGUUGUCAAUCUUGCUUCUCUCAAUGGUAUAUCUUUAUGCUGUCAAGCAGCCUUAUUAAAAGGGUAGUUCUAGAAUCAUGCCAAUUGUCAGUCAGGUUCCUUGGAUGCACAUGAUGUUUUGUUUCAUUACUUCAAAUUACUUUGCUGCCAACUUGAUCUGGAUGGUUUGGGCUUGAUUAAUCUACCACAUUUCGUUCGAAAAAAUAUCAGUGAAUUCCUUGCUGUAAAUGUAGAACUGGGGAGUAAUUUAAGCAUGCUUUGGCAAGGGAUGUAAACUGUCGGGCUGCUGGAUGGAAUAUUCAGUUUCUUCUCUGAGUACGCGCAUCUGCAGACAAUGGACUAUAUCUUGUACUUCUUGGUUAUGUGGUUUCAGCUGUUGUUAUUUGCAAUUCGUUUUCGUUGGAGUUUCUGUAUCAGUGUUUCUGUCAUGUUCAAGUGUUUCCAUAAUGCCCUUUAUUUGUUGAGGCCAGUUUGGUGGGUUUAGUUUGUGCAAGGUACGGCCCCUGCCUGCUUCUGUGUUGUGAUUUUUCUGCCUGUUUUGGAA